AUGAAUAAAGCUCUUCGUAUUGGAGACAUUGUAACUUUAUAUAUAUUUCGUUAUUUUAUUACUGAUUUAUGUACAAAUCUUGAAGCUGCAUCUAAUACUCAACUUCCACAACAUGUUUAUCGUGGUUCGAUUUUAUACCAUGAUGAAGUUGAAAAAUAUCGUGCUGGACUUCUUGUAGCAACUAAUGGAUUUCUUUCAUCAUCUCGUGAUAUACAAGUAGCUCAAAUAUUUUGUGGCCUCGAUCCACAUACUGGUAUGUCACCAAGCCGAAGUCGAAAUGACCAAAGACAAUAUGUUUUAUUUACGAUUGAUAUUGACUAUACUCAAUCAUCAAAUAUAAUUCUAGCGGAUAUAACAAAUCGAAGUCUUUUCCCUCAUGAAAACGAGAUUUUAUUUGAUAUUGGUACAACAUUUGAGAUUACUUCAGUUAGUUAUGAUUGUGAACAUUAUAUUUGGAAUAUUCGAAUGAAAACAUCAUCGGAAAUAGCUCAUAUUUAUCAACAAUAUGAAAAUUAUAUUUAUGAACGAAUGAAAGAAACAAAUGUUAAUAUUUUUUUUGAUAUACUUUGGACUGAUAUUGGAGAAUAUACUCAAUCAUUAAAGUAUUUUCAGCAUCUUUUAAUACGAACGUCUCCUGAUGAUAAGGAUCGAUCCAAUAUUUAUUAUAGUAUGUCACGAAUAUAUCGUUUUAUUGGAGAAUAUAGUCUAGCACUUAAUUUUCUUCGCCGUGCUGAAUAUAUUCAACGUAUUAAAUUAUCUGAAUCGAAAUUUGAUCUCGCACGAACACUUGCAGGUAUUGGUAGUGUUUAUUAUGAAUUACAUGAUUAUCAACAAGAAUUAUUCUAUUAUAAAAAUGCAAUGAAUAUCUAUCGAGAAAUUUUACCUGAAUAUCACAUUGAAAUUGCACGAAGUUUCAAUCGACUUGGGUUUGCUUAUAUCAAUCAACAAGAUUAUAUUCAAGCCUUAUACUAUUUAGAACAAUCUCUAGAUAUUUAUAAGAAAACUGUACCAGAUGAUCAUCCAGGAAUCGGACAAACACUAACUAAUAUUGGUGUGGUGCAUCAUGCGUUAGGAUAUAUAGAUCAAGCUUUUGCUUUUUACCAAACAUCACUGAAUAUUCUGGAGAAAUUAUUACCAAAAGAUCAUCAUCAUAUAGCUGUAGUUUGUUAUCGAUUAAGUAUAUUCUAUGCUGAACAAAAUCAAUAUGGACUGACAAUCUUAUAUGCACAACGAUCAUUGAAAAUUUGGGAGAAAAAACUACCAUCUACACAUCGACUAAUAAAGGAAGCAAAAGAUAUCCUUGAACGAUAUGGUGUUUUAUAA